UUCUUCUUUCUUCUUUUUCUUCUUCUCGAGUCUUCCUUCUUUACCACUCAAUUGCAUUCAGAAUUUAUUCCCAAAAUGGAUUCUUCAAAAAUUGCAGACUUAAAACUCUUCGUUCGCCACUGCAAAUCAAACCCUUCAAUUCUCCACCAUCCUUCUCUUUCUUUCUUCAAGUCUUAUCUCCAAAGCUUGGGCGCUCAACUUCCACCAACCACGGAAUCGAAAGAGGAUAAGAAAGGUGUUAACAUGUCGGAACCUGUGGAAAAUAUUGAUGCCAAGAAGUCCAAUUUUUCUGGUGAAGAUAAUGAUGACAUUAUUGAAUCAGAUAUUGAGUUGGAUAAUACAAAUAUUGUUGAGCCUGACAAUGAUCCUCCUCAAAAGAUGGGAGAUCGGUCAGUUGAAGUUACAGAAGAAAUGCGUGAUGCUGCAAAUGCAGCAAAACUCAAAGCUAUGGAUUCAAUCUCUGAAGGUAAGCUGAAUGAAGCGCUUGAUCAAUUAACGGAAGCAAUAAUGUUGAAUCCUACUUCAGCCAUUUUAUAUGCAGCUCGAGCUGGUGUCUUCGUUAAGUUGAACAAACCAAAUGCUGCAAUCCGUGAUGCUAAUGAAGCUUUACAGAUUAACCCUGAUUCGGCAAAAGGAUAUAAAGUGCGUGGGAUGGCAAGGGCAAUGUUGGGCCAGUGGGAAGAAGCAGCAAGUGAUCUGCAUGUUGCAUCAAAGUUAGAUUAUGAUGAAGAGAUUGGUUCAGUGCUCAAAAAGGUUGAACCUAAUGUUCAUAAAGUUCAAGAGCAUCGAAGAAAAUAUGAAAAAUUGCGGAAAGAAAGGGAUCUGAAAAAAGCUGAACGUGAGAAGCAAAAACAAAAAGCUGAAGCUGAACGAGAAGCUUUGUAUGCAUUAAAGGAGGGGGAAGUUAUGGGCAUUCACUCCCUUAGUGAACUUGAUACUAAGAUGAAUGCUGCUACAAGAACAUCUCGGCUGGUGAUCUUGUAUUUUACGGCAACAUGGUGUGGGCCUUGCCGUUUCAUUUCUCCUGUUUACACAAGUUCUGCCUCAAAGUAUCCGAAAGUUGUUUUCUUGAAAGUUGACAUAGACGAGGCUCGCGAUGUGGCUGCAAAAUGGAAUAUAAGCAGUGUUCCCACCUUCUUUUUCAUUAAGAACGGCAAAGAAGUUGACAAAGUCGUUGGCGCUGAUAAAAGUGCCCUGGAAAAGAAGAUUGCACAGCAUGCAGGGCAGCAGUUCAACUAGUCCUUAACAGGAGCAACCUCUGUUUGAGAUUUUCCAUGGGAGAAACGUCCGAGAAUUUUUAACCCAUCUCAAUAAAUUAACUUGCUGAAGAGGCGUCCCCAUUAAAGUUUUAGUUGUUUAUCAAGCACAAGAAGGUUGUUAAAGCAAGAGUAGUUAUUUAUCUAGCUUUUGGUCUGUAUGGACUCUUUCUAAUUUGCAUGUAAAACUCCAUAAGAACAAUGGCAGAUUAUUUAUGAGAAAAAAGCCUAUGAUGUUCAUGAACAAAGCCUUGUUGCUGCUGAUGUUGCUUUUAUUUGAAAUAUUCUUGUAAACCAAAACAAGGGAAUGAGAAAUAAGUCUAUGUUGUAUUUUCUUCAGAAAGUUGUAACGUACAAGCUUGAAGUGAUGAUGAUUAUUUUCUCUCA